AUGGCGGCUCUUGUAGCGUAUCGAAACCUCCUGCGCGCGGCUCGUGUUGCCUUCCAAGGCGAUGCCCCUAUCCUCCUCGCCGCGCAGAGCCAGAUCCGAGGCGAGUUCAGAAGCAAGCAGGCCCUCGACCCCAAAGAUAGCAGUGUCGCCGAGGGGAUUGAGCACGCCACGCAGGUGGCCAAGUUUCUGCGCGAGAACGUGGUACAGGGCAAGAAGAUGGAAGGCGGGGAGGGCAAAUAUAAGCUACGGAUUCACGAGCAUACCGAACGAGGCGACAAUGAGAGCAUAAAAACGGCUGGCGCUGGCGUCGCUGGAGGCGGCUGCUGCGGUGGCUCCAAAAAUUAA